GAAAUCCUUAUCACUUAUCACUUAUUACUUAUCACUUAUCAUUUAUCACUUAUCACUGCUCCCGUACAUGAAUACACGAAUACACGAAAAAACCCUCACUCAGAUCCUGAUCCUGAUCCUGAUCUUUCAUUCACUGAGUCAAUGUUCGACAUCCAUCCGUAUUAUCCGGAUUCCGUGGUAGUAGUAUUCUCUGUACUCCGACGUUCCGUUUAUCCAUUAUCGUUUAUCCACUUCCCCUUCCCUUCACCUCUUCACAGAGUGUAUCACUCAAACUCCACUAGCAGCACCAUACCUCUUUAUCCUUAUCCUCCUGCUCCUGCUCCUCAUUAUCCUCUUCCUCAUCGCCCACUUCCUCCCCCUCACACACACCUUCCGCGUCCUCUGGUGCACAUCAACCAAAAGUCCGCACAACGUACGGCGUUGGAUGGGCGUGUGCGUGUGUGUGUGCGUGGAGGGGGGAGGUAUGCACAAAGGUAUGCAGAAAGGUAUGUAGGAGUAGGAAAGGUACGCAGAAAGGUAUGUAGGAAAGGUACCUCAGAUAUGCGCAUACAUGGGAGCGUACUCUGCAACCCAAGGUUUCAGGAUCCCGUGACAGCGUGGUCUGAGCGUGGUUGGUAUACAGCAGCUGCUAGAGACGGAGAGUCGACUUGUCUUGUAUACCCUGCUCGUACACAGGUUCUCGAGGACGACUACGGGAGUUCGGAAUCGGGAGUUCGGAGUCGUAUGACAGUGGAUCCCGUUCACUACCCCCACUCUGAUCUCUGAUUCCCUUCACUACCCCACUCUGACUGAUUCAAGUUCCCUUCACCCUUGUCCCAACCACCUGCACCACCACCACUCACCACCACCACCCACCACCCACCUCCCACCACCAGUCUGUCUGUCUGUCUCUCUCUCUCUGAAAUAAAAGCGCUAUGGCUUGAAUCAGUGACUCCGCAGUGGGUGUGCGCAUCCAUCCGUCGGAUUUGUUUUGAGCUUGGGUUCAAGUUACGCGUAUGUACUCGUACUAACGCUAAAGUCUAACGCCUACUACUAUUUGCUACCUCACGGUAGUCCCGACGAUCGUGAUUUCAAUAUGUAUAUGCAUAUGAGUGAUUCGAGUUAUCCACAGGACCACCACCUUUGUUUACAUAAAUUCUAAUUCCUGUGAUGGUUCGUCCAUGUAUAGUGAUACAUCAAAUCUGUCGGGUGGGAUUCGUCAUACUCGUACUCGAGGUGCGAUAUCCCGCUAUGCACUCUCGUUGGUGAGCU